AUGCCUGAAACUGUGGACGACAAGUCACAGCACUGUAUCCCCUUCCUACUCGAUCGCCUGCACGUUCAUACCCAGCGGCACCGCGGCAACUCCGAUACCCCGCCGUUUUUCAUCGGUCUCAAUGGAGUGCAGGGUGCAGGCAAGACAGUCUUGGUAUCCGCUCUCAAUGACACCCUCCGAUCGGAACCAUACUUGCUCUCGGUCGUGACGUUGUCACUCGAUGAUAUCUACCUUGACCACGCCGAUCAGGUGGCUCUGGCACAAGCGCAUCCUUCAAAUCCCCUCCUGCAGCAUCGUGGCCAGCCUUCGACUCACGACCUCGCUUUGGGUGAGGAGGUAUUUGCUUCGCUCGCCGCUGAGCGCCCGACUGCCAUUCCACAGUAUGACAAGUCUGCGUUCGAGGGCCAGGGUGACCGUGUUUCAAGGUCACUAUGGAAGGUCAUCAAUGAAAAGGGUCAAGAUAAAGUCAAGGUCGUGAUUUUCGAAGGGUGGUGUGUCGGGUUCCGUGCGUGGGAUGAUGAAACCCUGCGUGCGAAAUGGGAGACCGCUGUACGUCAGAAGGAGAAUGACGAAUAUGAUGGAAGACUAGGCCAUGUCAAGUUUGAGGAUGUCAAAGCUGUUAACGACGCUUUGAGGCGAUAUGAUGUAUUGACUGACAAGCUUGAUGCUUUGAUCCAUAUCGACGCCGAAAACCCUCGUUUCGUCUACGAAUGGCGCCAGGAACAAGAACGCACGCUCCGUGCCGCCAAAGGCACCGGAAUGACCGAAGAACAGGUCAACCACUUUGUCGACGGUUAUUACCCAUCCUACGAGCUCUAUACGGAAACCCUCCGCGAAGGCGCUUUUAAGCCUGCGCCACAUAACCCCUCAGCAUCGAGUUCAGACUGGCAAGGAAGACAACUCUGCCUUGUAGUCAAUCAUAACAGGAGAGUUCAAGAGGUCAUUAAAAUCUGA